AUGGCAGGGACCACUAUUGGCUCAUUGGACCCAUAUUUGGAUGACACAAACAUUUUACGUGUUGGUGGAAGAAUUAGGAACUCCUGUAUUGAGGUAACACAGAAACACCCAAUUCUUAUUCCUGGGAAUCAUCAUAUCGCCAAACUUCUCAUUAGCUACUAUCACGAACAGGUCCACCGCCAAGGGCGUCAUUUCACAGCUGGAGCUGUUCGACAGGCUGGUUAUUGGAUAACCGGAGCAAAGAGACUCAUAUCAUUUCUCAUAUUUAGAUGUGUGCAGUGCCGCAAACUGAGGGGACCUCUCGAACAUCAAAAAUUGUCUGACUUACCAAAGGACAGAUUGGAACCUGGUCCACCGUUUACAAAUGUUGGGUUGGAUGUGUUCGGCCCCUGGAACAUAGUCGCGCAAAGAACAAGAGGAGGGAGUUCCCAGUCAAAAAGAUGGGCAGCGCUGUUCUCAUGUCUCACCACACGGGCAGUCCACAUUGAGUUGAUAGCGGAAAUGUCAUCCUCAGCAUUCAUAAAUGCACUGCGCAGAUUCAUAUCAAUCAGAGGCGAAGUCAAACUGUAUAGGUCUGAUCGUGGUACCAGUUUUGUAGGAGCCACAGAAGACCUAGGAAUCCAGGCCAUAAAUGUUGAAGACCGACAAAUGAAGGACUACCUCCUGAAGACAGGAAGUACAUGGAUCUUUAACUCCCCUUGUUCCUCCCACAUGGGAGGGGCAUGGGAACGUAUGAUCGGCUCUGCGAGAAGAAUACUGGACUCUAUGCUCUCCAAAAUACAUGAAGGAAAUCUUACUCAUGAUGUGCUUGCAACCUUCAUGGCUGAAGUAUCGGCUAUUAUUAACAACAGACCAUUGGUGUCAGUUUCAACAGAUGCUGCAACGCCCUUUAUUCAGACUCCAGCAACAUUACUCACACAGAAGACACCGGACGCAUGUGUUGCAAGGAACCUAGGAGAGUUUACAGAUAAAGAUAUCUACAAGUCUGAGUGGAAACGUGUACACGCGCUCUCUGAUCGAUUUUGGACCAGAUGGAAGGGAAAAUACUUGUCUACCCUGCAGAACAGACGGAAGUGGACGGAUGCUCGCCCAAAUUUGAAAGGAGACGUGGUGCUGCUCCGAGACAAAUCCACAGAAAUCAGUGGCCGUUGGCUGUGA